AUUUAAGUCUCCGGUGAUUUUUCUUCCCCCGACACUUACAGAAACCGAUCAGAACCGUCCAAUCACAGCAUCUUCGGCCACCAAUAAAGAGGGGAACGCCGACGGACGUCUUCCAAGCUUUCGGUUCUUCCAUCGUCUCGGUUUCUCUCCGGUGGUCUCCCCGCUGAGACCUGAGAGACCGAUAGGGGAGGGAAGAGAUGUCGGCGUACGACGAGGUGGAGAUCGAGGACAUGGAGUGGAACGAGGAGCUGCAGGCGUUCACGUACCCGUGCCCCUGCGGCGACCUCUUCCAGAUCACGAGGGACGACCUCCGCGCCGGCGAGGAGAUCGCCAGCUGCCCUAGCUGCUCCCUUUUCAUCACCGUCAUCUACAACCCCGAGGAUUUCGCCGAUCCUCCCGACCCCAAGAAGAGCCAGCCCCAGCCUGUACUCGUCGCUUGAGGCGAAUCGAUUCGAGUCGGCCCGCAAUUUUUCAG